AUGAGAACCGCAACGCUUCUGUGGGUCCUCUGCGCGUACCACGCCCGAAAAACGACAGCACUCGCCGCAGACACAAGCCAAAUCGUCCUUCAUACAACAGCAACACAACUAGAACAAGAAGAGACGACAUUGGAGAUAGCCAUAGCCACGCCACCCACGGCCGGCGGCGACGACUUAGCCAUAAAUUACGUCGUCCCAGGCGACGAGGACACCCGGUACGAGGACAGCAUCGAUGACCUGCUUCUGUACCGCGUUUGGUACGACGACGACGAGGCGUGGACCGCCUUUCUGCGUAUCCUGGCCCACGCCAACUACGACACACCCGACAGCGACGACGACAGCGACGGCGACUGUGUGGACUUUGACGACCCAAGCGACCUGCCGUACACUAUCAUGGACGACCGCGCCGCCUACUCCGGCGCCACCAAGGACGCCAUCCGCACCGCUUUCCGCGCCUGGGUCGACGACCGCUCGCCUGCGCGCGAUGGCGCCGGCGUUGCCGUGCUCAGCGGGCCCCACGCCGCCUUCCGCCUCAAGAACAUGCCGCGGUACCGUUUUUGCCUGUACGUCGACCGUGACGCCAUGCUGGCCGCCCGGUCUACGUACACGCCCUACACGCGUAAAAACGGCCGUCGCGGCGGCUUCUACUCCACAAGCGGCUACGCCGUGCUCGUGGAUGCCGCCUUUGAUGACGCCUACUACGACAACCUGGCCCGGCCCACGCCUGAGCCCGACGAGAGCGAGCGCGAAGACAUGGCCAGCGGCGACUACACUUACGAGGAGUGGCUCGACAUUGUCACCGACGGCGACGACGGCUACCCGCCCGUCGAGGGCCGCGAGUCCCUGGACGUGGGCUGGUGCUUUGUGCGUCUGCCCACGUACAGCCUGUGCGAGGCGCUGCUGGCCAACACGGAAGAGUGGGACCGCUAUUACAAGCGACCGCCGCUUGUGUACCCCGACGACAAGCCGCUGAGCGAAGCGCGGUAA